AUGGAUUCACGUCGCACGGAUGUUGGCUUCGUCGGCCUCGGCACGAUGGGGCUACCAAUGGCCAUAAAUCUUGGACGAAAGUUACCCCAAGGCAGCAAGCUGUAUGCAUAUGACAUCUCUCAAGAUGCCCUACAGAAACUCGGAGCAGCUUUGCCAGACGGAAGAGUGGUAGCUUGCGAAUCUACAUUAGAAGUCAUCAAUCAUGUUGAUAUUCUCAUCACCAUUGUUCCGGAAGGCUCCCAUGUCCGUGCUGUAUUUCUCGACAAGAAGAACGGUGUACUUGUUGGGGAUCUUCAAAACAAGAUUUUGAUUGACUGCUCCACAAUCGAUACUGCGACCUCGACCCUGGUAGCAUCGGAGAUUCGCCGGAAGGAGAGCACCGCUUUGUUUUACGAUGCGCCAGUGUCUGGAGGGAGUCUUGGAGCUGAGAAGGGUACACUCACCUUUAUGGUCGGUAGCUCCUUGGAAGAUCCCAACUGGACACUCCUCGAGCAUCAUUUGAGUGCAAUGGGCACGUCAAUCUUUCCUUGCGGUGCCCCAACAAUGGGACUCGUCGCAAAGCUUUCCAACAACUACUGCUCCUCUUUGAUUGCCCUCGCAACGGCAGAAGCUAUGAACAUUGGAAUGAGAUCCGGCAUGGACCCCAGAGUCCUGGCCAAGAUCUUUGCGGCAUCUACUGCGCAGUCGACAAUCUGCGACAAAUGGUGUCCCGUUCCUGGAGUCGUGCCAGCAGCGCCGUCAAGCAAUGGAUAUAAGGGCGGGUUCAAGGUCCAGCUGAUGACAAAGGACCUUGGGCUGGCGGUGGAGGCGGGCAAGAUGGCCGGUGCAAAGAUGUUUCUCGGAGAGCUGGGACUGGCUGUGUACACUGAGGCUUCCAAUGAUCCGAAGUGUAGAGACUUGGACUCGAGAGUGGUCUUUCGCUUUUUGGGAGGGAACGAGAACUGGGAUAAUUCGUUCCCGGAAUAG